CCGAAAGUGGGUGAAAGGUCGGCGGCGCCGGCGCCGCGGCUGGGGCAGUGGAGCGGGGCCGCCGGGAACCGACAGAAACGGUGACUGACGGACGGACCAUGGCAGACCAGGCGAAGCCCAUUAGGCCGCUCAAGAACCUGCUGGCCGGCGGCUUUGGAGGCAUGUGCCUGGUGUUCGUGGGGCACCCGCUGGACACGGUCAAGGUCCGACUGCAGACGCAGCCCCCAAGUUUGCCUGGACAGCCUCCCAUGUAUUCUGGGACCUUUGACUGUUUCCGGAAGACUCUUAUGAGAGAGGGCAUCACGGGUCUAUAUCGGGGCAUGGCCGCCCCCAUCAUUGGGGUCACCCCCAUGUUUGCCGUGUGCUUCUUUGGGUUUGGUUUGGGGAAGAAACUGCAACAAAAACACCCAGAGGAUGUGCUCAGCUACCCCCAACUAUUUGCAGCUGGGAUGUUAUCUGGUGUAUUCACCACAGGAAUUAUGACCCCUGGAGAACGGAUCAAGUGCUUGUUACAGAUUCAAGCUUCUUCAGGGGAGACCAAAUACACUGGUGCCUUGGACUGUGCAAAGAAGCUAUACAAGGAAGCUGGGAUCCGAGGCAUCUACAAGGGGACUGUGCUCACCCUCAUGCGAGAUGUUCCAGCCAGUGGGAUGUAUUUCAUGACAUAUGAAUGGCUGAAAAAUAUCUUCACUCCAGAGGAAAAGAGUGUCAAUGAGCUCAGCGUGCCUCGGAUCCUGGUGGCUGGGGGCAUCGCAGGGAUCUUCAACUGGGCUGUGGCGAUCCCUCCAGACGUGCUCAAGUCCCGCUUCCAGACUGCGCCUCCUGGGAAAUAUCCUAAUGGCUUCAGAGAUGUGCUGAGGGAGCUGAUCCGGAAUGAAGGAAUCACAUCCUUGUAUAAGGGGUUCAAUGCAGUGAUGAUCCGAGCCUUCCCAGCCAACGCAGAUAUCUUUGUUGAAUCUCUCACUGAUUUGGAGAUGGCCACAUAUGUGUCUCCUGGAGCUCUUCUAUGCACUGCCCAGUCCUUGAGACAGUCCUGAAACCUCGGCCUUUUCCUGGGACCUCCUGUGAGUGCAUUUGCAUUCUAACCAAAUGCCAGCCAUUCCCAUGGCUCAGGAUCACUUUUAUAGUCUCUGCUUCUGGAUAAUUUACCCUUUGAAACAGCUUCCAUUUUAAAAUGGAAUAUUUUGAUUCCUUGAUAUUAAUGGUGGUAGAUUCUUCUACUCCUUUGGGUGUUCAAUAGAUGUUAAGUCAAAUAAGGAAGUGCCUGGAGGCAUAUUUGUGAAGGGAGCAGAGCAGAUGGUGAGUAACUCCCUCCUGGCUGGCACUUUCUGUUUAUGAUGCACUUUGAAAUGCCACCUGUUCCUGAUAUAUCUCUUCUCUCCCUGACGGUGGGUACGAGUAGGGGAGAGAUUGGGGCCCUCCUAAGCAAUUUCUUGGACUGUCACAGACAGCCUUAAGUAGAAGCCAGUGAUUGUUACAACAGCCAGCCAGUGAUAACAGCCUCAUCCAGGCACAAAGAAGAGUAUAAUUGGGUCAAAGGUAAAGGACAGAGGGCAGGUUGUUUUAACCUCAGCCUAUUAGAAGCAAUAGUAGCACCAUUUCUGCCGUAAAGUCAUAGCGUCUCUACCCACAGUUCUUUCACCACAAUUCUUUUGAGGCUAGAACCCCUUAUUCCUUUUCCAGCCGCUUCAUGGAUUCAUUCUCAUCUCUUUACCCCAUGUAACUCAGUGUUUAAUGGGUAGAGAUUUAUACCCCCAUUUUCAGAUGUGGAAGCCAAAGCUCAGACAGGGUAAACUGAUCUACCAAGAUCAUUGGCAAAUUGAUAACAGAGUGUGGACAAUAGAGUGGUGUCUGGGUGUCCACAGGCCUGAAGAAAGGCUUGUGAUGCUAUCAGAGGCUGUCCCCAGACUGCUUGACCUAAACUCCAAGAGGCCUGUCUGUACUGUAGGGUCAAAGCCCAGGCAGCUGGCCUGUGAGUCAGGCUAGGGGUGGCACACAGAGUCCCAACAGGCACUGGGAAGGCCUCAGGGCCAAGUGCUCGCUGAGGGCUCCUUUUUCUGCUUUCUUUGCUCUAGUCAGCAUGCAGGCCUGUAGCUCUCCAGCCAGGCUCUCCCUUGCUUCCCAGGUUCUGUCCUUGCCCUGAGAUGUCUAGAGGCAGACCCUAGGUCCACUGCAGAGACUGACACUUUCUCAGGACGGUGUCCCAGGGAGGGGCUGGCUCUUAGGUGCAGAAAUAGGCAGCCCAGGAAUUAACUGCUCCCUUGAGCAUGGACGCUUGUUAAAAUAACUGGACCAAAGGCAGUGGCCUCAUGGGGGCGGCAUUAUGAAGGCUGAAAUACAGCUUGGGUUAGGGCAGAGGAAAUAUAGCCCACUUCCCCACUCCCCCCUGUCCACUAGAGGCUAAUGGACACUUCUAAGGCAAAAUAGAAACUGAUGGUGGUAGAUAAUAAACAUCCUGGUAGGACUGGACCAGGGAGCUGGCAUGUAGAGGUGGUCAGGUGACCAACAGGUCCCAGGAGAUGGGUGGGGGACUGGAGGGGCAUAGAGAAGCAGCCCCUUUGGGCAGAGAAGAGGGAGGUGUUCCUGCUGGGGCUGAGUCCCCCACUUAGGUAGAGGGCAUCAGAGGGCAGAAAGUGUGUAAACCAGGGGGCCUGGGCCAAGAGCAGGCUGUCUUCCAGAGAAGUCUGGGGGAGUAUGGGCAUCUACCUUCUUCCUGGAAGGAGAGGAAAAAAACCUUUUAAAUAAUAAACCUGUCAAGAGUACGUGAAACGGGGCGGGGGAGGAAUAAAUUGGGAGAUUGGGACUGACAUAUACACACUACUAUAUGUAAAAUAGAUAACUAAUAAGAACCUGCUGUAUAGCACAGGGAACUCUACUCAAUACUCUGUAAUGGCUUAUAUGGGAAAAG